AUGAGCUCAUCAGACGAAUUAGACGGCGAAAAAUCAGUGGAAGCACCGAAAGCAACGAAACGACGUUCAAACUAUGACAUCUCAUUCAAAUCUUCCGUUGUGAGCUUUGCCUUAAAGUUCAACAUUUCAAAAGCUGCCAAGAACUUUGGAGUUUCAAGAUCAUGCGUUCCAGGAGGAUCCGAAGAUCAUUUGAUUCACUGUUUCAAGACAAACUCGGAAGUUCCAGGUGGAUUGGAUGCAUUGAAAAAAGCACGCAUGGAACGAUCAUUGGAGGAGUUGGAAGAUCUGAUCGAAGAAGUCGACCUCAGUGAGGAAGAAUAUCAAGGAGAUAGUGACUCUUCGCUCAUUUUUGAUUAA